GGUCGGGGUGCAGAGCCGAGGGGGCGCGCUGUGUGCUAACUGGCCACCCGAGCGCCAAGGAGUGCUGUGCGGAGGCACUGGGGAGCACAGAGUGCGGUGUCCUACCGACGGACGGGCGCCCCUCAGAGGCUUGCCGAGAGGCAGCACUGGGCCUUUCCUUCUCAGCUCUCAGCGUCAACACUGAGACCCCAGAUGUGUCCAGAGACACCCUGAAGAAGCUGAGGGGCAGGGGAGCCUUAGGGCACCCACAGGGAAUUUUCUGAAGCUGAUUCAGAGCCAGAGAAUUUGCCUACUAUUUGAGCGUCCUCCAGUUCUUUGCCCACUUCAAUCCCUAUUGCUAUGGAGACCACCAACGGGACUGAGACUUGGUACAAAAGCCUGCACGCUGUGCUGAAGGCUCUAAAUGCCACUAUUCACAGCAACCUGCUCUGCCGGCCAGGGCCAGACAACCUGACAGAGAAGCGGCGGGCCAGCCUACCUGGCCGUGAUGACAACUCCUACAUGUACAUUCUCUUUGUCAUGUUUCUAUUUGCUGUCACUGUGGGCAGCCUCAUCCUGGGAUAUACCCGCUCCCGCAAAGUGGACAAGCGCAGUGACCCCUAUCACGUGUACAUCAAGAACCGUGUGUCUAUGAUCUGAUGCUAGGGGGCCAAGAAUGGCAGAAUAUCAAGACACCAGAACUCAGUGCUGGACCACAUCAGGCCUCAGUGUCCCCAUCUAUAAGAUCAACAAGAGAAAGGGCUAGAAGAAGUCAUCAUUAGGGUGGGAGGAGAGGGGCUGGGAGACCUGGGCCUUGCGGAUAAAGAUUUUUUUUCCAGCAAAAGCAGACUUUUGGGAGCCCCAUGAACAAAUAUAUAGAAGUAGCAAAAGAUAGUAACCACUACUGGUCCAGUGGCUGGAGUACUGGGAGCUAGGAGCUGGAGGCUGGAGGAAGGAGAAAAGGAAGUUGUAGCAGAAGCAAAUGAAACGGGAAGAUGCACGGAGGACAUGUUUUUUGAUGUGCUAUCUUCAACGACCAUGAAAAGCAGCAGUGAUUACCAUCUCACAGAUAAGAAAUGAGUAACGUUACUUAUUUAUAUUUGUUCACAUUUUAUAUUUUUCCAGACAUUUAACAUUUGUGAUUUUAUCCCCUGUGAGGGAAGCAAAUUAAGUACCAUUCUGCCCAUCUGGGCCAGAGUAGUGCCAUAGCUGGAACGUAGGAGCUCUGGUUUCCUUGCCUAGUGCUCUUUAAACACGGGACAGGAUCCAGGCCUGAAACUUACACAAUUCUGGGGGUCCCCUUAAGAAAAAGAAUUCAAAAUAAUUUUGCUUUUGCAAAUAUUACAAAAACAUAUUGCCAUGUCAAUACAUUACUCGGACCCCUCCCAAGACCCUAAGGAGCCAUGCAAGUGCAGGGCCCUGAAUGUUAAGGCUCUUUAGUUCCAUGAUUCGUGCACUUCUCCAGCCAGGUCACAGUGCCCUUCCGAGCCACAUCUCCAGUCACUACCUCUAACACAGCCUCUUCUGAUUUGAUUAAACUCUGGGAAGAAUUUUCUGACACCAAAUUGAAAUCUGCUUCUAGAAGGUUAUUAUCACACCUAGAAGAUUACCAUAUUAAAAGAAGGAGAGCAUGCAAGGCAGGUACCUGGUUCAGUGGAAGGAUUCUGGUACAUGAACUGAGUGGUCAUGCCUUUCUCUGAUCCUUUUCCCACCUCCUCACAAUGAAACAGUUCAACUUGAAAGUCUCUAAGAGCUCUACUAGUUCUGACAUUCUGGUCUUCACAUACAUUAAAUUAAAACCAUAAAAUUGUGUUUGUAGGUCAAAAGCAGCUGAAUAUCAGUAGUUUUCAUAUGGUUCAGCCUAAUAUGUGCAAUGUGACGAGUGAAUACCUUACAAGCUACAAAUCCCCAGCUGGAACCUCGCACUGUUCUGUUUGAUUUCUGUUUAAGGGAUGUACAAAGGGUCUCCAGAAAGCCCUAUUGAAACAUACAUAUUUGUAUAUAGCAAAAACCCUGAAAGAAUAUUUUGAUAGUAAUUAUCUCUGAAAAAUAAGGAUUGUGAUUUUCCCUUUUUUACUUAAAAAAUUAUGUAAUAUUUGAUUUAUCUGACCAUAAGUAUGCUACUUGUAUAAUCGGGG